AUGCCGAAGGAAGCUGAUAUUUCGGCCAACGAGCGCACAUUCAUCCUGGAGGCUCUCCAUAAAAAUGUGCGACUCGAUGGCCGUGCUUUGGACCAGCUCCGCCCGCUGACAGUCUCCUUCGGGGAUGAAUACGGACAUGUCAAACUGCAAUUGGGAAAAACUAGUGUCGUCGUGCGCAUAUCUGCGGAGGUGACGAAGCCCCGCCCUGAGAGGGAGAACGAUGGAAUUUUCACAGUUUCGGUGGAACUUAAUGAUAUGGCUUCGCCUGCCUACGAGACGGGGAGACAAUCGGAGCUAGAAACCCAGCUUGUCCGUACCCUUGAUAGGAUAAUCCGGCGGUCCAAUGCCCUCGACACGGAAUCGCUGUGCAUUGCGGCGGGGAAGAAUUGUUGGCAUGUUCGGGCAGAUGUACAUGUCGUGGACUCAGACGGUGGACUGGUUGACAGUUGCUGUCUUGCCAUCAUGACUGGUUUACUCCACUUCCGUCUACCAGAAGCGGUUGUUCGCGACGGGCGGGUGACCGUCUACCGUCCAGAAGAAAGGGUCCCGUCACCCCUGAACCUGACUAAACUCCCCCUCUCCACUACGUUCAAUAUGUACGAUGAGGGAAGAAUCAUUGUGCUAGAUGCAACUUCGAAGGAGGAAGCUGUGAGCGAAGGAAGCCUCAUCAUUGCUCUGGAUAAGACUGGCGAGAUUUCUCUUUAUACAAAACCAGAUGGGACCCCGGGCGAUCCAUUAAGUAUGAUUUCAUGCUCGACCGUAGCACUUGCCAAGAUAAAGGAGAUGAACAAAUUCAUAUCCACGAAGUUGGAGGAAGACCUGAAGAUUCGGGAGCAGGCACGUCAACGUGCUGCAGAAUCGAGCGCCGCCAAUGAAAGAUAA